AUGCACGAUUCGGCAAGUAAACGACCAGUAAUACAUUUCACUGCGCAGUCAUGGAUCAACGACCCUUGCGGCCCUGGCUACGACCCAAUUACAGGACUUUACCACCUCUUCUACCAAUGGAACCCCGAUGGCUGCGACUGGGGCAAUAUGUCAUGGGGCCAUAUCCAAAGCAGAGACAUGAUCAGCUGGGAAGAGGCAUCCAUGCAGCCGGCGCUUUUUCCAUCCCGACCCUAUGAUAAAGAAGGCAUAUUCACGGGUUGCUUGGUCCCUGCUGGCAGCGGUAUCGAAAUGACGAUCUUCUACUCCUCGGUCAAACAUCUGCCGUUUCAUUGGAGUACUCCUCCAUACCCACGGAACGCAGCAGGCCUCUCAAUGGCCACCUCACAUGACGGUGGUGCUACAUGGCAGAAAUCUGAGAACAAUCCAAUCCUGGAGGGAGAGCCGGCCGAGAUGAGUGUCACUGGGUUUCGAGAUCCCUUUGUCUCAGCCUGGCCUGCACUUGACAGACUCAGGGGCGAGCAGGCCUUGUAUGGCCUCAUCUCCGGAGGUGUAACAGGUGCCGGACCCACGACCUUCCUGUAUGCUGUUGAGCCUGAGCGCCUAGGAAAAUGGAAAUACUUGGGUCCUCUCGUCGACAUCCCAGCAAGGAAGCAGUCCUCGGAAAAGUGGUCGGGCAACUUUGGUACGAAUUGGGAAUGUGUCAAUUUCGUGACGCUACAGUCGGACUCGGUUUCGAGGGACUUUCUUAUCAUUGGCGCCGAAGGCGAUGUGGAGAGGAAGCACAUCCUCGAUGGCACAUUGCCUCCAGGCUUGCCGGCGAGAACAAUUCGCCAGAACUUGUGGAUGUCUGGAUACCUGGACACUACUGUGGAUGCUGUGAAGUUUCAUCCUACCUUUGAUGGAUUCCUGGACCACGGAUGCUAUUAUGCAGCGAACUCAUUCGUUGAUUCACGGUCUGGAAGACGCAUAUUGUAUGGAUGGAUACCGGAAGAGGACUGUUCGUUGGACUAUGCUCACGAGAAAGGCUGGAAUGGCUCGCUUGCCGUCCCAAGGGAAAUAUUCCUCCUCAAAAUCGACAGAGUCACAAGGGCUUUGCGGAGCCCACUCCACGAAAUCUCGAGCAUGAGUUUCGUGGAAGAUCAUUCGGAAUCUUUAACACUCAUAACAUUGGGCAUCCGUCCCUUUUCUGAGAUGAGCUCGAUACGGGAAAACUGUCGCCAAGCUAGAGUAUUUCCUCAAUUUUCGUUGCCGUCCCUUGAGCAUCAAAGUCGACAUCUUUGUAGAACGUCACAUUCAGCGUGGUCAUUGCAGACCGUCGUCGCCGUCAGCACUGAUUGCGAUUCAGUGGCUCUGUACAUUCGGCACAAUGAGGACCUUUCGAUUCGAACAACGAUCAUCGUAUCUCUGGUGGAGGAGACGAUUACGGUCGAGCGUACUGCUUCCAGUCUGCGCGAAGAUGUCAACAAAUGUCCCGAGCAGGGACCUUUCACACUCUUCGAGGCCGUGGACCAUCACGGAGAAAGACACUGGGAGAAGCUCCACCUUGACAUCGUUUCUGACGGAGAUGUCCUGGAAAUCUUUGCCAACAACAGAUUUGCCCUCGCCACCAUGGUCUACUCGGGUGAUGGCGUAGCCAACUGCGGGAUAACGGCGUGUGCGACAGGCCUGCAUGGUUCCGCCUCUUUCGAGUCGACCCGGAUCUUCGAUGGGCUUAAUGGGAUGAAGCCGCUCUUUUCUUGA